GUUUCUUGUUGGCAGCGAGCGCCCAGAUCAAAAACACCAGAAAUCACAUCUGCUUCCUUCACUCCCAUGCACCGCCCGAUUUUUUCAUAUCCAUCGGGAUGAGACGGGGCACGCAGCCGGCCGCCUCCGCUGCCGACAAGAGCACUCAGGGGGGCUGCUGUCGUCGUGCUGGGGAUUGGCUGUGGGAUUCACUUCAACCCGGCGACAAUGGUGUUGGGCGGCAACGGCGGUGGCCGCCAUGGAUUUUUGCUGGAAACUUUUUCGUUUUGCUACAAUCUGAGAGAGAUUGUGGUGUGUCGCUGCCAUGAUUUUUUUGCUACAUCAAUUUUUUUGCUGGAACCACUUUUGUAUUUUGCUGCAAUGAGCGAAGAUGUUUGUGGGCGGCGACGGCACUGGUAGCCAUGAAUUUUCUGCUGGAACCUCUUUAGAUUUUUGCUGGAACCGUUUUUUAAUUUUGCUGCAAUUUAAGAGGAUGGUGGUGCCGCCACUGCCUUAAUUUUUGCUACAUCUAGUUUUUGCUGGAACCUCUUUUCAUUUUUGCUAUAACCGGCAAUCACAAAAGCUACAAGCGGUGACCAAUUUUGCUACAAUGACGACGGGGUGGCAGCAUCCACGAGCUAUUUUGCUGGAACCAGCAUAACUUUUUGCUACUACCGGCGGGCAUUUUUGUUGCUACCGGCAAAUCCGAAGGUGAGUCCUUUUUCACGAGCUCGUCGUCGGGGUGUUGCGACCGGCGACCGGCGCUACUCGGAGCUGCGGCCGUCCAACCGAAGCUGCCAUCGCCAGUGAGGGAGUUGCAACGGCGGGCGGAAGUUGCUGCAUGCGUGGAUCCGACAAGGAAUACAUGAGACGACGACGGCGAGGCCGGUGACCGGCGGCCAUGGCGAGCCACCGGCGGUGCAGGCAGUGGGUGCAGGUUGUUACAGACGCGUAGCCAGCCACGGGCAACACGGGCUGUGGCAGACGGCGACGGCGGCCAGAGUCAACUAUGCGUUUUCCCUCUGUUUUUCUAGCGAAGCGGGGUGAAGAAGUUACACAUUGAGCGGUUUAAAACAGGCUAAUCGUACGGCGUAGGUUGGACCGGCCCAAAUCCUGGCCGGCGCACCUGCGCCUAGCAGCGCCCUAAACGUAACUGUGCCUCGCCGCGCGGCUCCAACCAUGCCGGUACGCCACGAGUCACGCGUGUAACGAAGACAUAAACACACACGGCGACGACAAGACCCCGCCGAGCCAAACAUCAAGAGCAGCAGGCCGAGACGAGCGGCGCGGGAGACCCAACCAGAGUCCAGACUCGAGAGUAGUGGGCGGGCGGUACCAUGCAGCGCCACCUCGGUCGUUAGUACCACCCGACCACCCACCGGCACCGGGCGCCGCCCCCAUAAAUAAGCAGCAUCAUUGCCCGCCUCCACCGCCGCCGCCCUCCUAUUCUUUCUCCCCCGUCGAUCGACCCCGUUCGGGAGGCGGCGUAGAAGCAGGGAGCGCGGAUGGGCAACUGCCAGGCGGCGGAGGAGGCGACGGUGGUGGUGCAGCACCCGGGCGGCGGGCGGGUGGAGCGGCUCUACUGGGCCACCAGCGCCGCCGAGGUCAUGCGCGCCAACCCGGGCCACUACGUCGCGCUCGUCACCCUCCGCGUCACCGAGGAAGAGGGCCAGCGGCAAAGGCGCGGCGCUGUGCGGCUGACGCGGGUGAAGCUGCUCAAGCCCCGGGACACGCUGCAGCUCGGCCACGCCUACCGCCUCAUCGCCGUCGACGAGGUCACCAGGGCCGUGCAGGCCAGGAAGGAGGAGAAGACCAGGAGGGCGCAGCGGCAGCGCCAGCAGGCCUCCGCCGGCAACGACCAGUCACUCAUGGACGAGGGUCUCGAUCAGUUGGAGCAGCAGGACAGGGACGGCCACCCGAGCAGCUCGACGAAAGGCUCGAGGCAUCGCCAGUGGCGCCCGUCUCUGCACAGCAUCGCCGAAGUCAGCAGCUGAUGCGGCCGUCAGCGGCCGACGCAUGGCCUGUAUUUUAGAGUCCAAGUUCAUCUCAUCAGAUGGUUGCUAGAUUCAAGCUCAACACCGGAAGAUGAGCGUCUGAAAAUUACCGGUUUUAACUCAUCUUUUUAGUGAGAUUAAGGUUGGUGCCUCCGCAUCUCAGUGUUGGGACAAAGAGAAAGAUUGGACUAGCAGUGUGGUGUUCGGUGUAGUAGUAGUAGUAUAUUAUUCAGUUAUGAUGCAAAGUACGUAUCUUUGCAGGUGGGUUUUGAGGAUCUUGCUGUUGCUGUGUACUAUACUGUAUUGUUGUUGUUGUUGGUGGUGCCGAAUUCGCAAUCAUAGGCUCGCUGCAUAUUUGCAAUCAUAAGGCUGCUGCAAUGAUAUGAUA